AUGAGCCCCUUCUUCCUGGUAGUCAGCCUGUGGCAAGCCACGUUGGUAACAGCAAGCGCUCUAUGUGCGACUGGCUGUCAGACUGCGGUUUCCAACAACGAAUUUUCAGGCAUCAGCAUCCUUGAGGACUAUUAUUCAGCUUUGUGCCAAAACUCCCUCCAAGUGAAGGCAACAUUCAUUUGUAUGCGAGACUACUGCCCAGAAGACGAAAUUGCAAAAGGAUGGAAUGAUCUCAAUCAGGUGUGUGAACAAGAUGGAGGAGUUGAGCUUCUUCCAUGGUCUAUCAUUGACGAUGUGACGGACGCGGAGACAAAAUCUUGGCCUAUCUUGACCUAUGAGGAUAUCCAACUUGGCUCUACCUUUAACACCUCAGUUUCUGUGGAUCAGAGCCUCUUCCAACUUGCGUAUCAGACAAAUUUCGACUGGGAUGAUCAAACUACGCGGCGAACGAACUACGGAUAUGCUACAAUUGGAUUCUGGGGAUUGAUAGUACUUUUUGGUGCCCUUGACAAUCUUUUCCGAUAUUUAAACAAUUUGUCUGUGCUGCGCUCGAGAACAAUGACAAGAUUCGAAAGCUCCGUUCGCCGACUGGUAGUCGUGCCACCGAUCUUGAAGAAAAGUCCAUUCACGCGCUUUUGCGGUAUUCCUUCUACAUCAAGACUACAAGCCAUGACUAUCUCGGCCUUCUUCGUGAUCAACAUAAUCCUCAUGUGUGUGGAAUACCGUGCUUUCGAAAAUAAUCUUUACUUCACCCGAAAGUCCUCACAGCUUUGGCGUUAUAUAGCAGAUAGGGCGGCGGUCAUGGCGAUCAGCAAUUUACCAGUCAUGUGGCUCUUUUCCACAAGAAACAAUUGUCUUUUGUGGGCAACAUCCUGGGAAUUUGGGACCUUUAAUACCUUUCACCGUUGGAUUGGAAGAGCUUGUGCUAUAGAGGUAUUUGUCCAUGGGAUGGGGGUUUGUAUCUAUCAAUAUCAAGAGGUUGGAAAGGAGUUUUUCUUGCCUCUCUGGAAAGAGCGUGACUUCUAUAUGGGAGUUGUUGCAGCUCUCUCGAUUAUCGUGACGUGCCUUUUAGCAAGCUCGGGAAUCCGAAGGGCAGCCUAUGAAUUAUUUUUGAUAGUUCACCAGGCUUUUGCUGUUCUUAUUCUUGCUGCGUUGUGGUACCAUCUAACUGUCGAUGGCCCAGAUCAUGUCCCAUACCUUUGGCCUUGUAUUGCUGUUUGGUCAUUUGAUAGACUGGGAAGGGUGUUUCGUCUAUUGAUCUGGAACAAGCCAACUUCACACUCCUCUGGAGAAUACAACAGUGACGCAGAUCUCAUUCAGGUAAAGGCCCGCAUACGACGAGUUGUUGCUCCUCAACCUGGAAGUUACUUCUAUGUGUAUGGGUGGCGGUCUCUUUAUUUUUGGGAAAGUCACCCAUUUACACUUAGCGGGUGGACUACGGUCAAUACGGAAGAAGAAUCUUACACAGAACUCGUAUUUCUUAUUGGAGUCCACGGAGGCUUCACAUCCAGGCUUCGCAAACAGCUGCUUCGUCAAGAUGAGUCCGGGAUCGACUCUUCAUCCUCUGUGAGAAAGGUUCACCUGGCUGUUGAAGGUCCUUAUGGUCCACAUUUCGAUCCGUGGAAUUCUGAAAUGGCCGUUUUUGUCAUUGGUGGCGCGGGUAUCACGAUCGCAACGUCUUUCAUCCAACAGCUGGUAGAUUUCGUGCGGCUUGGCAAGCACGUGGAUCAAAAGAUCAAGUGCUUGAAGAUAAUAUGGGCCAUAAAGAACAUCGAGCUUUAUCGGUUCGUCUAUGAGCGCUAUAUAUCAACGUGGGAAGUGGUCUUCGCAUCAACAUAUAUUGAAAUCUCACUGGACGUGUACCUGACAAGCCCUUCCAAGGCGGAUCAACAAGUUGAAUUGCCGAUGCCAGAAUCUCAAACCGGACACAGUGCGACAAAAAAGAAAAUACGAGCAGUUGUAUCGCCGGUGUGUUCAAUGAACUUUCAUGCCUCGGAGGAAAAAGUGGCUUCUGAAGAGGUGCAUAACCAGUCAGCGUUUGGGCCUCUAAAAACAAAUCUCAUUCACGGAAGGCCAAUCAUCCGCGAUGUGAUUAGAAGCCAAGUUGAAAGCUUCAAUUCUUACCCGGAGCAACAGAUUGCACUGAUCGGCUGUGGACCGGAUACAAUGGCACACGACAUACGCCUUUCCUUUGCAGAAUCCUCAAAAGAGACUGACGUCAACAUUAUCUUUCACCUGGCCCCUUUCGGCUGGUGA